UACGAUAUUCUUAGGUCCCUUAGAGCAAAGAGGUGGCCUAUAUAUGUCCACAGGUUUCGCCAGAGUUCGGGGCGGCCACACGAAUCGAGCAAGUUGCCACUUCAAUCAAUCGCAAAAAUAGCAACAACAUCCCAGCGAGGCAUAUCGCCUUCAAACUCCAAGAACAUGUUAACUUCACACAUCAUCACUUUCGUCGUUCCCUUCCUCAUUCAAGCGUCGCCAGCUCUACCACAAGCCACUCCUGUGCUAACGUCCAUACCAGCGGAUAACUGGGCCUCCAAAGUCUCCGCGCUUCGCACUUACAUCCUCUCCCAACCACCAUCCCUCACAAAUGCUGGCUUUUCGAAAGGUCCAACUUACCAGCUUACCUUCUCCGAUGGAGACUGCCACCAGAUACGGCUUUACAAUUGGGACUGCAGCAAGUCCAUCCCUUACUCGAUGCGCGGCAUCGCGAACUGGAUAGAUGACUCCGAUUUCGCGUCCUACAAUCUCACACGCUUCGAGGAUUGGCGAUUCUUCGUUUACGGGUGGUAUAGAGAUCCAGAUGAUGGUUUUGCAUUCUACGAUGUCGCGAGGAUGACCUGGGGCCCAUGUGGGAAUAGGGGUCCGCAAAGUGCAUGCGGGCAUGUCUAUUGUACGGACAAGAAUGGAGUGGCUGUCGGCGGGCCAGGAACUGUGCCGGAGGGGGAAAAUCCGUGGUUAGAUCCAAACGAGCGGGAUAGAACCUGUGAAUGGCUGAAAGAAUAG